AUGUCGAGUGCAGGUGUGGGUGGUGGUGGAAGGGAACCCCCCAAGAAGCCCAGCGAUCUUCCCGAAGAUCGCGAAAAGAUAAAAGAGCGACGGAAGAUCGCCAAGGAACGCCGCCGCGCCCGUCGGCAAGAAGUCACCGAGAACCGCCGUCAGAGUCAGCGUCUCCAGGACCAGCGCCGCCGAGAGGAAGCUUUGACGGCGGGGGGCGUGUUUUCUCAGCGUAUGGCGACUGCGAUUCAGACUGCGAUACACUCUGCGAUGAUUGAAUUUACUAGCCAAUAUAUGCAGGACUCAGGCCUAGCGGGCAACUGGCGCGAGAACCAGGCUCGUGGUGGUGGUAGUGGUCUCGGUGCUCGUGGAGGUCGUGCUCGUGGCCGCCGUGAUGGCUGGCGUGGACGCAUGAAUCAAGAUCGUGGACAAGCGGCUUGGCAGGGCCACGGCCGAGGAGCCGCCAACGCUGGUUCCGUUGUCGCUGCUCAGCAGCCUGCCAGUGAGCUUCAGGCCCUGGCCGUGACUCAAGUUGAAUACAACAACCUGCAAGUUGAGGAACCCCCUCCCACUGAUGGAGCGUUGAUUCUCCAAGAUGCUUUGGCAUCCGGUGCCGCUGGCCUGCCGGAUAACCCUGAUGAGGUGUCCAUCCAAGAGGUCGUGGAAGGGCAACAGCCCGUAUAA